CAAAGUCCACGGAGAAUAUGGCAACAACGAGGCAUCUUUACGGAUUAUGAAGCUUGGACGAUCUACAGGAUCACGCUAGGAACCCUUAGGCUUUACCACGACAACUGGCCCCAAUGUCCUGAAAUGUCGUGCAAGCUUGAGAAGGAAACCAUUGACCACAUCAUUUGGUCUUGCGCAAAAGCCCAACUCUCGUGGAAACGAUGGCUCGACACUUGGCUCGGUCACUCGAGUACACCCAGCGAGCGAGACUCUCUUCAGAAGGCAGUAGCUGCACGUCAAGCUCCGCCU